GUAAAGCUGAGAGGGGGCCGGAGUCGCCAUCUGCUCCCAGCGAGCGACGGCCGAUCACCGGCGGAGCCCGUCAGCCAUUGAAAGUUCAACCACAUUUCUUUCACUCCACACAUCGUGCUCGCUCUCAAGGAAUCACCAGGAUUUUUUAGAGAAAAUUUUUAGGUAAGAGUCGAAAAUGGGGAAGCCCCGAGGUUUGAAGACAGCCAGAAAGCACGUGAACCACCGAAGAGAUCAGCGAUGGGCAGAUAAAGAUUACAAAAAGGCCCAUUUGGGAACAAGGUGGAAGGCCAAUCCGUUCGGAGGUGCUUCUCACGCCAAGGGAAUCGUUUUAGAAAAGGUUGGUGUCGAAGCUAAGCAGCCUAACUCUGCCAUCAGAAAGUGUGUAAGAGUUCAGCUCAUCAAGAACGGAAAGAAGAUCACGGCGUUCGUACCUCGGGACGGUUGUUUAAACUAUAUUGAAGAGAACGACGAAGUUCUGGUUGCAGGAUUCGGUCGUAAAGGUCACGCCGUCGGAGAUAUUCCCGGAGUCCGAUUCAAGGUGGUGAAGGUCGCCAACGUCUCCCUCCUCGCUUUGUACAAGGAAAAGAAGGAGAGACCUAGGUCUUAAGUUUUUAUUUGUAUUCUGCUGUUGGAGUCUUUAAAAAAUACAGUAACUCUUUCUAAAGAACAAACA